AUGCUGACAAAGCGCCAGGCUGGUAAGCAGGCUUGCUCGUCGAUUAGUUUCGUCGUCCGAGCUCCUUGCAGCUUCAGAACAAUCUGUGCGGAUGUAGCUGUCUUCCAAAAAUCUGGAGACGUUUUGAUGUCUGUGGCCAAUCACGUGACUCGGGAUUAUCAAAACCUUGCUUUAAGUGAUCAAACACACUUUCCUGAGUCACCUGUUCACUGUUUUGCUAUGCGAUUUUUGAAAGAACCGCAACAGCAAGUAGAAGUGGUUAUUUGUUUCGUCGAGCAAAUUUUCGUCCGCUUUGAUUCACUCAAGUUAAGAAAGGAAGGACAUGAUUUCCGACAGAAUAACUCUGCUCCAUGUGCCAAAGAUAAAUUACUUGAAAUCAAACUGAAGGAAGUAAGAAUCAAGCAUUCUAAGAAUCAUGAGGCAUGUAACCGAAGUUUCGUGUCUACCUGUGCGCACGUGUGCAUGGAUUGGAUUGACAGCAGACCUGGAAGUGCCAAAAUCGAAGGUUUUAUUUCUGUGGCAAAUUUGGAUCUUGCUUCAUUUACAAAUCAAAUUUCCUAA